AUGGAAGAGAAUACAGACACUUUUGGCGAACUUGUGAUGCUUUGUGAGGAUUUUAUGCAAACUGCAAUUGGCGUAAAUAGUAAUUUCCAGAGUAGCAACUGGUUGGCUUCACUGCACGAUUACAAAGAACGUGCAAAGGGGAUCUCAAAAAGUCGCGCUUCGCAACAGAAGUUACAGCAGGAAACGUCGUUGAAGAUCCAACGUUUGGAGGAGUUAUCUUUGGCUGCGAAAGAAAACGUUUCUUCGCUGAAAAAAAAAAUUGAUGACGAUGAACACGGUCUUACUAAUUUUAAACAGCGACUGAGUGGUUUGAACAAUGAAGGGCAAGAACUUAGGGACGUUGCCGACCGUUUGAAAGCGGAACUUGUAGAGGAGGAAUUGAAUUUUCAUCGAGCUCAUUUGAAAGAAAGUAUUCGGCAGCGAAAUAGGUUACAAGCUUUACUGAAGGCAGUGGAGGCGAAAAAGAUGGAGUUCAGUGAAGGAUUACAUGGUUUAGAAAGUCCGAUGGAAACGUGA